ACGUGGAGCUGGGAACCCGGCGCGUGGGGGGAGGUUGGGGACGGGCCUGGCAGUUGUGAACUCGAACCUGCUGCUGUCGCCGCUGCGGGGCAGGGAACUGGCCGCAGAGGCCGGCCUGGUGCUCUAUGGAUGGGUGUCGCGUCCCUGCAGGGCAAGCGGGAGAGGUAAGGCUGACCUCUCAGCAGUUAGAGGUCGGAGCUCUGCCAUGGGGAUAGGGGUGUCUUUAUUGCUACAGUUUUCUCUGACAUCCGGGGGCUACCGAAGUGUGGGCCGAAGCAGGCGCUGCUGCAGCAGAAGUAUCCCCAGGAACAUUCCCAGAAGGAGCUGGAAAAAGCCUCACCCCCAGCUCUGCAGUCUCCAGGCAGAGGAAGAACCGAUGCUGGAACAGCGCUGCAGGGGCCCCACGGCCAUGGGCCCAACCCAGCCCUGGCUAUUUUCUGGGCCCUCCCAGGAGUCCUCCCAGCCCAACAGAGGGUUGAGGUACCAGGGCAAAUCAGUAACUCAGCCAGGAGGCCAUGCCCCAGGCAAGGUCCAUCGAUGUGCCCACUGUCGGAAGCGCUUCCCGGGCUGGGUGGCCUUGUGGCUUCACACUCGGCGGUGCCAGGCCCGGCUGCCUCUGCCCUGCCAGGAGUGCAACCAGCGCUUUCGCCACGCCCCCUUCUUAGCACUGCAUCUUCAGGUUCAUGCUUCUGCAGUCCCUGACCUGGGUUUCACCUGCCACCUAUGUGGGCAUAGCUUCCGAGGCUGGAUAGCUCUGGUUCUGCACCUGCGGGCUCACUCAGCUUCAAAUCGGCCCAUCACUUGUCCUGAAUGUGACAGACGCUUCUGGCGGCAAAAACAGCUUCGAGCUCACCUGCGGAGGUGCCAGCCUCCUGCCCCUGAGGCCAGGCCCUUCAUAUGUGGCAACUGUGGCCGGAGCUUUGCCCAAUGGGACCAGCUGGUUGUUCACAAGCGGGUGCACGUGGCUGAGGCCUUGGAGGAGGCAGCAGCCAAAGCCCUGGGUCCUCGCCCGCGAGGACGUCCCGCAGUGACUGCUCCUAGGCCUGGUGGAGAUGCUGUGGACCGCCCCUUCCAGUGUGCCUGCUGCGGCAAGCGCUUCCGCCACAAGCCCAACCUGAUCGCUCACCGCCGCGUGCACACUGGCGAGCGACCACACCAGUGCCCAGAGUGCGGGAAGCGUUUCACCAACAAACCCUACCUGACCUCCCACCGGCGCAUACAUACCGGCGAGAAGCCCUACCCAUGCACCGAGUGUGGCCGCCGCUUCCGCCACAAACCCAACUUGUUGUCGCACAGCAAAAUCCACAAGCGCUCGGAGGUCUCAGCGCAGGCUGCCCCCGACACCGGGAGCCACCAGAUUGCAGGGGAGCCUAUGGCACAACCUGCACUUGGGGUGCCCCUGGGGUCACCGCGGACCCCGACUGAGGCACCUGCGCCCCUGUAUAGCUGCACCGACUGCGGCCGCAGCUUCCGGCUGGAGCGCUUCCUGCGGCUACACCAGCGGCAGCACACAGGCGAGAGGCCCUUCGCCUGCGCAGAGUGUGGCAAGAACUUUGGCAAGAAGACACACCUGGUGGCACACUCACGCGUGCACUCGGGCGAGCGGCCCUUCGCCUGCGAAGAGUGUGGUCGCCGUUUCUCACAGGGCAGCCACCUGGCAGCCCACCGGCGUGACCAUGCACCGGAGAGGCCCUUCGUGUGCCCAGACUGCGGCAAGUCUUUCCGCCACAAGCCCUACCUGGCCGCGCACCGACGCAUCCACACAGGCGAGAAGCCUUAUGUGUGUCCCGACUGUGGCAAAGCUUUCAGUCAGAAGUCCAACUUGGUGUCCCACCGGCGCAUCCACACAGGUGAGCGGCCCUACGCCUGCCCCGACUGUGAUCGCAGCUUCAGUCAGAAGUCCAACCUUAUCACACACCGGAAGAGCCACAUCCGAGAUGGCGCCUUCUGCUGUGCCAUCUGCGGCCAGACCUUUGACGAUGAGGACCGACUCUUGAUGCACCAGAAGAAGCACGAUGCCUGAGAGGGGCUGUAGGCCUAGGGAGACAGGCCUAGAUGUCCUUGGCAACAGGGUGUCGGUGGCCCGGGUGCGGUACCUACACUGACGCCGCAAGAGGGACAGGUGGAGAUCCCAGAGGGAUAAAGUAGACAGUGAUCUGGGCUCUGUUUAGGAAUGGACUUUCCCCCAGGUGUCCAGGGAACCCUUUUAGAAUUCGGGGACCUGGCUUUGAACUAGUCAGGCCCCAGCUGGUUUUUCUAAGGGUCUACUCAGAGUGCCCUGUACCCUGGAAAAAUAGCAAUAGCAGCCCCAUCUACCCUUCGAGUCCUCAACUAGCCACCAGUGGGAAGGAAGCCACUCUAUCCUCUGGUGUUAACGCCUUAAUGUCCCCAGUCUUUUCUCUGAGUUACUUCAGGUAAUUUUUUUUGGGAGGUAGGUGUGGUAUAGUCGUUAGUAAAUGAAUCCUGGGGCAGGGACAGUGGGCUAGCUGGCUACACCUUGAUGAACCUGCUGGCUUGUCAGGCAGCAGCAGAGGUGAAGCUGAGCGGUUUCUUUUUUCUUUUUCUUUUGUACCAGAACCCUUCUGCAAUGCCUCCUGUGUAGGUACCCAGAUGUGUAGAGAUCCAUCCACGGUUAGCAAUUCCAUCUAUUUCUUGCGUAUUAUCUUCCCAGGACAUUUAUUUACUCCUUCACCCGCCUAGCUUUUUUAUCUGCCCACUCUCCCCCAAGUAUAGGCCUUCCUGCUGGUUUUGUUUAAACCCCUGACCCUACUCAACUCUUUUCAGAGCUUAGGGGGGUUAUGUGAAAGACUAGCUGGGGGAGUUGGCUGCAGGGAAGGUCCUGGAUAGAUUUCCUUUUUAAGGUUUCCAGGGUGUGGAUGGCAGCCUCCACCAUGCACCUGGGUGCUGGGGCACUGUUACCUCCGGAAGACACUGCUUCUCUUGUAGGGCCAGUCUAAUUGUUAGACAUUUUUACUUGUAAUGAUUGGAUUUUGCUUUCCUAUGACAUCUGCCUACUGGGUCUUGUUUUGUUCCUUGGGUUGAAAAAGAACAACCGUUUACCCUCCUUUACAAACUAGAGAAUAAAGAUUUGGUUUUAGAACUCC